AAAGGAGGGUUCCCUCGCGCGCGCUCGAGUUAUAGAGAGAGAGAGAGAGAGAGAGAGGGGGAGAAGGCGAGCGAGAGGGAGAGAGCGGCCGUUUAUCUAGCGCUAUUGACGGUUUGGCGUUUGAUCUGCUUUGACAAAUCCUUGGGAGCAGAUGGAUCGGUACCAGAGGGUGGAGAAGCCGAGGGAUGAGACGCCCAUAAACGAGAAUGAAAUAAGGAUCACCACUCAAGGGAGGGUUAGGAACUACAUCACCUACGCCACCACUCUGUUCCAGGAGAAAGGAUCCAAAGAGAUUGUCCUUAAAGCCAUGGGGAGAGCAAUCAACAAGACUGUGAUGAUUGCAGAGUUAAUAAAGAGAAGGAUAGCUGAUCUCCAUCAAAACACCUCAAUUGGGUCAAAUGAUAUAACUGAUGUUUGGGAACCCUUGGAGGAAGGGUUGCUUCCGCUUGAAACUACAAGGCAUGUUUCAAUGAUCACAAUAACUUUAUCGAAGAAUGAGCUAGAUACAUCAUCCCCAGGCUACCAACCACCCUUAGCGGCUGAUCAGGUGAAACAGUUGACAGCCUAUGAUAAUGAAGAAGAUUCACCACAAGCAAGUGGUAGAGGACGUGGUGGUCGUGGAAGGGGUAGAGGUAGAGGUAAUGUUACUGGAAUGGGUGAAUAUAAUGGCAAUGGAAAUUGGGACAUGGGUGGCCGUGGAUACACCAGAGGAAGAGGCCGUGGUCGAGGACGCAAUUUCCGUGGGGGAAGAGGGUAUGGUGGUGGGAAUAUGCAGGCAGAAUCAGGAUAUAAUGGGAAUGGUGGAUCAGAACCACGCCCAUCACAAGGGCGAGGAAAUGGACGUGGAUGGGGAAGGACUCGUGGGAGGGAAAGGAGAUCAGAAGGGCCGGUCCAAGAGGUUGUCUGAGUUAUUUUCCACUUAGAUGAAUUUCAUGAAGUUUGUGCUGAAGUUGUUUGAGUUUUUGGGGAAUUUAGAUGCUUGCUCUGCUUACUCCGAAGAGUUCCUGACCUAGUAAUUUGUUUUGUUGUUUUCUGCCGAGAGCAGCCAUGUUUUUACAGGUAGGGUUUCCUUAUUUAUUGCAGAUAAAGUGUCCCCUUGGGAAAUUUGUUCAAUCAUGCAAUUGUUUUUCUCCCCUGAAUAAUAAGCAGCACAUUCUUUUAUUUGGAAUUCA